AUGCCCGUCUUUUUGCUGGACCUCCCCAACGAGGUGCUGGACAGCGUCGCGGCGCUCCUCCCUAGGAGGGACAUCAAAACGUUGCGAUCGACUUGUCGAAGGCUGUCGCUUGUUGCUUCCCACUAUCUAUAUUCGACACUCUAUCUCAGCUGCCACGAUUAUGACCUGUAUGUGUUUGAGCUCGUUGCCGCGAACCCUCAGCUCAUCGGCAGGGUGAAAGAGUUAAUUGUCGACGACACAACCGUGUCCACCGCCCUCCUUGAUCGCAGGAUCUUCCGCCAUAUGGCAAGCCAUGCCAGUCUUUGGCCGUUGAGAAAGGUUGCAUACUUCCCCGAUGACGACGAUGAGUCAUGGGAUGCGGAUGGUCGAAUCUGGCCUUCUACCCCCGACGACGAACUCCAUGCUCUCUUGGUUCAGGUUUACCAACACCACCACAGCAACCGCCUGUCUCGAAGUGACAUCUCAACUCUUCGCGAAGCGCUCCCAAGAAUGACCUCACUACGCACCCUAGUCCUCACAAAUCGCACGGCAGACGACACCCCUGCAGAAGGGGCUCAGAGCAGAUGGAAUUCAAGUCCAGUCGUAAAAAUCUGGAGACAAGUCGGCCAGAGCCGGCGGGAACGCCCACCGUUCGCGCCGAGAGUCGACUGGUGGCACCCAAUUGAGGAUGGCGAAUUUGACUCGGAUCAAGUUUUCGGAUUGGACUGGUUGAGAGACGGGUUUGAAGAGCACAUACUUCUCAAUGGAGCACCCUACGCGCCCAAUUACCCACGUGUCGAGGAACUGGACUCCGACGAUGAGGUCCAAGCUGACGAAGAGGUCGCGCGGUCGGAUGACGGUACCGACGCCCAGGAGCUGGCACCUACUCCCCAUAUCCCAGACAGCCAUUUCACUCCCCAGCCGCAGACGAUGAUUCCCGCAGGAGCCCGAACAUUGCGCCGUGAGAGCCGGGGGCUACAAAUCGUCCUCGAUGUGCUGAACAACCCCAUCGCCCAGUCUCGUAUCGUCGAAUUCAGAAUCGACAGUUCUCUUGAUACAGUUUCGAACGUACAGCAGCCCGGCCUAGGCAUUCGUCUCUUCGACUUCUGGCCUCCGCCAUUUGCCGUCAGGCUCGCGACCGGCUUUUCUGGAACGUUCCUUACCAAAUGCCAUCUGGUUCUUUCCAAUGGCCGAAAUCAUACAGACGGCCAACAAGUAAUAGAGCAGGGACAAGUUGGUUCGGUUCUAGCAGAGAUACCUCGACUGCAGGAGCUCAAAUUGGAAGCUCACAAUAUGGCUUUGAUCGGGGCCAUACCCGACGGCUUCACCUUCCACACCCUGCGUCGUGCCGAUUUCGCCUGCGGGUUAGUCUCCAGGCUGGAGAUAAGACAAUUUCUCAAGGCGCACGGAGAAACGCUGGAGGAGAUUCAUCUGAGUUACUGCAGCUUGGACGAUGAUGAUCCCAGCUGGGCGGACGUCGUAGCUGACAUCAUGCGACUCCAACGAAACGGCAAAACACAUCUUCAGACGGCCGUAAUCACUUCUGCCUACAGCUCCAUCCCCUUCUCCGGUUGCGGGUAUAACAGGACGAAGACGCGACCCCCUACUGGGGAGGAAGUAUAUUCCUGGACGAUGGGCGUACACGAAGAUGUUGUGCCCUGCCCCACGGCAGAUCUCGGGCAUGAAGCACUCCCAGAACCAUGA